UCACCCAGUUCGCGUGCACUUGUGAUCGUGAGCGGUCAGACAUCGCUCGUUCUAUACAUUUACAGCCGCUAUUUUCGUACAAUACAAACCACUCCAAUCGAAUGAUAAGCCCGGCAAUUCGUUGUUGCAAUCGGUACAAAACGGACGCAGUCAGUGUACGGUUUACAAAGUAUUUAUUAUAUGAAUAAUUCCCAUUCGCGAUUCAUUGGGUAUUUUUGAAUUAUACUUUUAAAUUGAGUGACGAAUGAGUGAAUUUUCGCUGUCCAAGUUGCUGUGGGUGCGCGAUAGUGAAGGCGCCGGCGCGAUGGAGAGUUGUUACAAACUGUACACAUGGGUCAGCCACACGAUCCUGAUGCUACUUCUACAGAUAUUCUGGAAGAUGAGCCAGAUUUCAGAUUACUUUAAGGACAAGCCUAUAGAAGAUAAGAAAACAGACAGAGCUUUAGUGUUUACGCCGCUUACAAAGGAAUCAAAAUUUAGAAGACACAUCAGGUCAAUGUCAGAUGUACAGAGCAGCACACCGAACAGAUUACCGUUCAGAUCACGAAAAGGCAGCAGUCAAAUUCUAAUGUACGACUCGGACACAAGGGCGAGGAGGAUAAGGUCAUACAACAGGCACAUGCAGUCUGAUUCGUCAGAUUCUAGUGACUACAUCGAAUCGAGACGGAUACUACUGAGUUUGGAGGCGAACAUCAUGAAACCUUCUGAUUCUAUGAGAUUCCUCUAAUUAUUAAUGAUCUGAUAGUUCUAUUUGAGGCUGUACUUUCUAGUUCUAUACUAGAUGGGAUCACAUAUGAUUUGCAGGAGGUAGUUAAUGAACACUGUACGAUUUCACUUGCACACAAUGAUGCAAUGUACCUAAAAGUAUUACUUGUUUAAGUAAAGUUUCUUUAAUGAUUGUGUGAUCCCAACGUGAUACAACUAUAAACAUUAUAGUGUUUUCCUUUUGAGACUGUGAUCGAAUUAGAAUAGCUGUAUUUGCAACUGUAGCUAAGAUACCUAAGAGUUAUUAUGAUUAAGUAUUUAGUAUUGUUUAGUUCGUUUUUAAGAAUAUUUUUAUCUCCUAUGAAUAAUUAAAAUGUUAACUAAUAUGUAUGCCAUGCCAUAUUUUUGUUUAGCGCCAAAUCAGUUGCCAAGAUCGCUGAGAGCUUAGAAAUCUCGGACCAAGCAUAAAUAUAAAUUAUGCUGUAUAUACCUGAGUUAAUUACAACAAAUUAUAAUAUAAUAUUUUUAGAUUUCAAAUGACAAUAAUGAAUUUACGACCAGUGGCGCAGUUACGCCAUAUACCUAAUUAAACCUAAGUAUGUACCUACUUAUACCUACAUGACUUUAAUACAAUUUUUAUAAAUAGGCAUGCAUGUUUACUCAUCUAAGAUAUCAAUUGCAUGUA